AUGUCGCGUAGGGUGAUCCUCAAAUCGCUUGGCUGGACCUCGCUGGUCACGGCCACAGGUGGCUCAGCUUUCUUACUGUCAAUCAAAACCACGGACAGCCAGAAACAAAACUCUCUACAACAGACGGCCUUGAGAAGGAAGCCCAACGGGGACAUAAUACCACCCACAUUUCCCAAGGUCAAAUCAAGAACACAACAGAUAGCAGAUCUGCGCAGAUCGUCCAGCACAGAUGCGUCAUUGUCACCCUCGUCGACACAGAACGACACCAUCUACGAUCUUCUGAUCAUCGGAGGCGGUGCUACUGGGACUGGAAUUGCACUUGAUGCAGCCACUCGAGGACUCAAAGUCGCCCUGGUCGAAAGGGAUGACUUCGCCUCAGGCACGUCGUCUAAGUCCACCAAGCUCGUCCACGGAGGAGUGAGAUACCUCGAGAAGGCAGUCUGGAACUUGGACUAUGGACAAUACAGUUUGGUGAAAGAGGCCCUGAGAGAACGAAAGUCCUUCUUAAACAACGCACCUCACCUUGCGUCGAGUCUCCCAAUACUUCUACCGAUCCAGAAGUGGUGGCAGGCGCCAUACUUCUGGGCCGGUACCAAAGCCUACGAUCUUUUGGCGGGAUCCCAGGGCCUAGAGAGCUCUUACUUCCUAAGCAGGAAACGAGCCUUGGAAACGUUUCCAAUGCUCAAAGAUGAUCUGAACGAUGCUCGCAUGAACGUCAGCUUAGCGUUGACGGCUGCAUUGUAUGGAGCUACAACAGUCAACCACAUGGAAGUCACAGGUCUCGAAAAGGACAAGUCGGGCAGGAUCUGUGGCGCCAAAGUCAGAGACCUGUUGUCGGAUACUGCCGGCGAGGACGCCGCGUCUUCCUCGAAUUUCACCAUCCGAGCCAGAGGCGUUAUAAACGCAGCUGGUCCUUUCGUUGACGCAAUCGAGCAUAUGGAUGACCCCAAGCGAAAAGAACUAGUCUCGCCAGCUGAAGGCGUGCACGUCGUGCUGCCUCGGCAUUUCGGUCCUCAGAACAACAUCGGUCUGCUGGACGCCUCGACAUCCGACGGACGCGUGAUGUUCCUGCUACCAUGGGAGGGCAACAUUGUGGCAGGCACGACCGACACUGCGUGCAAAGUCACAGAUACUCCAAGUGCCAAGGAAUCAGACAUCUCAUUCAUCCUCAAGGAGGUCUCGAAACAUCUCUCACCAUCAAUCAACUUGCAGCGAUCUGACGUCCUGGCUGCAUGGUCAGGCAUUAGGCCUCUCAUGCGCGAUCCAAACUCGACCAACACCGAAUCCCUCGUCCGCAACCAUCUCAUCACUGUCUCGCCCUCGGGCCUCCUGACCUGCGCCGGCGGCAAGUGGACUACAUACCGACAGAUGAGCGAGGACGCGGUAGACGCCGCCAUAGAGGCCUUCUCACUCAACCCACGCGCAUUCACUCCUGCACAGAUUCCCCAGAUUGCCGGCGUAGGCUACACCAAACCUCAGACCUUGGACGGUACGUGCGCCACACAUGAACUCCCUGUCAUCGGCGCGCACGGGUACCAUCCUUUCCUGCACAUCGACCUGGUGCGUGCCUAUCCAGAUACUCUCACUCCUGAGACUGCAAUGCAUCUUGCAAGGUCCUACGGUGAUCGAGCUUGGAUCGUCGCCUCGCAAUACAACACUGCCGAGAAGCUCACGCCAAAGUAUCCCUUCGUACACGGUGAAGUCGACUACGCCAUCGAGAAUGAGUACACCGAAACCGCCACAGACUUCCUGGCACGCCGCACACGGCUGUCAUUUCUGGAUGUUGAGGAAGCCGUGAGCUGCCUACCUGUCGUGGUACAGCGCAUGAGCCAGGCGUUGGGCUGGAGCGAGAAUCGUGUCGAGAAAGAGUGGCGUGAUACCAUGUUCUACCUGCGAAGUAUGGGUCUCGACCAAAGCAGGUGGGACUUGACAAUGGACGAUGUGCUUGCGGAAAGGGCGGGCCAAAAAACGCUGCCGUCAAAAAGGCCCAUUCCGCAGACGAAGGCUGCCGAAAUCACUAUCGACAACGAGCCUCUCACCAUAGCCCCUGUGACGGUCGAUAUGCCGGUGGCAGCAACGGCCUCGACUGUGGUCGUCAGCUCUUGA